UAUUACAUGCUUAUACGGAGAUUUGUUGACAUACUAACUUUGUACGCGCUAUCCACGUGGCUCAUUCAUUCUCACCGGCCGAGUAUUUUCUGUGUGACUGCAAAGAUAAAGACAAGCGAUCGAUAAACUCAUAUAUAUUCAUCUGAAGAUUCGUAUUAAAUCAUUCUUAGUUUUGUAUCUCCUAUAUUUGUAAUAACUUUCUCGAGUGACAUUCGACGAAAUGGUUUUGGAAAGUGAUCAAAAUGGAGGAGGAGAUGCCCCGAGAGCAGCUGUUUCGCAGCCUGCUGGAGCACACGACGACAAGCAUGAUGUCCCCGAAAGUAAGGGGGACUCGAGCAACGACGACAGCCGUAUUGCUUUGAAACCUGAGAUUGGUCUCUUCAGCAGUUGUACAAUCAUUGUGGGUUGCAUCGUGGGAUCUGGUAUCUUCCUAUCACCCAAGAAUGUACUCGAUAAUGCUGGAUCUGUCGGAAUGUCCAUGGUAGUCUGGGUUGUAUCUGGUAUAUUCUCCUUGAUUGGUGCUUUGUGCUUCGCAGAAUUAGGUACCACUAUUCCCAAGAGUGGUGGAGAGUAUGCUUACAUCAUGGCCAGCUUUGGUGAUCUUCCAGCCUUCGUGUUGUUAUGGGUUACUUUGAUCAUCAUUAAUCCGACCGGACAAACCAUCGUAGCUCUCACCUUUGCAUACUAUGUAGUGCAACCCUUCUACCCUACAGAAGAUUGCCCUCCACCAGAUAUCUUCGUUAGAUUGAUGGCAAUUCUGUGUCUAGCUUUGCUUACUUUUGUGAAUUCUUGGAGUGUUCCUUGGGCUACACGUGUACAGGAUGUCUUCACUGUGGCUAAGAUCUUAGCUCUGGUUAUCAUCAUUGGAACAGGACUAGUCUAUAUCUGCCAGGGAAAAACUGAAAAUUUCCAGAAACCAUUUGAAGGAAGUAAGAAUGGUGAGAGUAUUGCCCUCGCGUUUUAUGGCGGUCUAUUCGCCUAUGCUGCAUGGAAUUAUUUGAAUUAUUUGACAGAGGAGAUCAAAGACCCUAUCAAAAAUCUUCCACGUGGUAUAAUGAUUUCUAUGCCUAUGGUAACAAUCAUCUAUGUGUUGGCUAACGUUGCUUACUUCGCCGUUCUAUCACCAGAGGAAUUAGCCGCAUCAAAUGCUGUUGCUGUGACAUUUGGUAAGAAGGUGUUUGGUCGAAUGGCAUGGAUAAUGCCAGUCUCUGUUGCUAUGUCAACGUUUGGAGGUGUCAACGGUGGUUUCCUGUCGCUGUCUAGGUUAUUUUUCGUUGGUGCUCGUGAGGGGCAACUUCCCGAGUGGUUAGCCAUGAUUCAAGUCAACAGAAAAACACCUAUGCCUUCACUUGUGUUCACGUGCAUUAUGUCAAUUGUGUAUGUGUUUGUGCCUACGAUCGACUCUCUACUCAACUACUUCAGCUUUAUGACCUGGUUAUCUAUUGGAGCUGCUGUCGUAGGUCUCAUCUAUCUCAGGAUUACUCAGCCUAACCUAGAAAGACCCAUUAAGUUUAACAUCCUGCUUCCCAUCACCUUUGUGUUAGCCUGUAUCUUCUUGGUUAUCAUGGGAACCGUAGCAGCGCCUAUGGAUACACUGAUAGGUCUGGCAAUCACUCUCACAGGUUUCCCAGUCUACUUCCUAUGUGUGUGGUAUAAGAAGAAACCACUUUUCAUCUUGAACAUGAACCGUAAAAUCACUCACUGUGUGCAGAAGCUGCUUGUAGUAGUAGGUGAGGAGAAGGAAGCAUGAGGUAACUUGAUUGGGCUUCCCAUCUAUGAUGUCAUCAAUGAUGUCAUCAAUGGGGUCAUCAAACUUUGUUCAUCCAGGAGUAAUGGAACCUAUCAGACUCGGCAUCCAGACUACUCACAUUCAGCGUAAAAAACUCAUGUAGCUGUACAUCGAGUAAAUUAAAAUGUUCCAGUCUUAACAUCAUAUAAAGAAACAUCGUAUAAUGAAAUCCAAGUUUUAGCAUUGUUUCGAACAAAACACUUGAUUAAGAAUCGGUACUGUGCUCUGGUGACGUGUAGGCGGGGCUUAUCGUGAGCGUACAAUGAUGAUUGGCCAGCUGUCGUGUCAACUGACCUCUUCAAAACUUGUUUCUUUAUACGAUGUUGUUCUCUACUCUGUACGCCCCUUUCACUAGUAUUUAUGGUGAUUCUUCAUACAACGUUUCUUCAUACAAGUUAGUGUGAUCAGGCUAGGAUUGAGAUUUCCUUGCUCAUCAGUCUACAGCACUCAUCAUUAAACUUACAAAUCUUUUCUAUUCUACAUAAUCAGUAUGGACUAGCACAAAUGUUGGUUUGUCCUUCAUUAACAACCAAGGUGAUGAUUGUUCACUUUGAAGUGUAUAUAUCUAUGAAUUGGCUGAAAAGGAUACAUGAAACAUGCAAACAUAUUUAGCAUAUGUUUGACUCCAUUUAUGUGUAGGAAUGCUGUUUAUUAUGAAAUGACGAUUGUAUUUAUUAAGAGGUCUAUUUUUUUUAAAUGCUGUCACCUCUACAAUACAUCUACCCUACCCAUGACAUUAACAACAAAAGUAAGAUAUUUAAAAAAAAAUGGAAAAGAAGAAGAACACAAAAUUAAUAUAUAUAAAAAUUGAAGUGGCAUAGUGGCAAUAUUUUUAUGAAAAUAAUCUGUUGCUACCGAAAGUCAAUCUAUCUUUAUAACAAUAAUUACAGCAUUAGAUAUUUCUAGUUUAAAUUUGACAAUAUUGACCUCAACAUUAUGUCAUGUAUGAGAUUAGCCGUCCUAUCAGUCAUAACUAAAUAUUAGGAUUGAAAAAAUAAAAAAAAUAAAAAAAGAAAGAAAGAAAGAAAGACAAAAAAAAUCCACCUAGAAUCAUUAUGCUGGUUACAUUCAUGGGUGGCCUUAUGUUUGGGAAAACUUCUACGUGUAUAUAGCUGAUACAGUAAAUUUACAAUAUUUCAUGCACUUAAAAAGUUGGAAUUAAAUUACUAGAAAAUGCAGAGCCAUGGAGACUUUUGCAGAAAUUAUGUUAUUUUUUAUUUAGAGAGUUAAUUCACUAGUCUUCCAAACUUUUUGAGAAAAAAAUGACUCUGAUUCGUACUUUCAAGUUUGAUUUCAAUCUGAAUGUUUAAUAACAAUGUUUCAUACAUGUAAAUAUAUCAGAUGAUAGUACAUUUCGUGAGUAAAUAUCAGAUGAUAGUACAUUUCGUGAGUAAAUAUCAGAUGAUAGUACAUUUCGUGAGUAAAUAUCAGAUGAUAGUACAUUUCGUGAGUAAAUAUCAGAUGAUAGUACACUUUGUGAGUAAUACACUAAUCUAUCAUUCCAAUUUAUUUAUACUUCUGAUGUAAAUACAAUAUUAGUUUCAUGAUUGUCUGAUGCAAUGUACAGUUGAAUUGUGGGUCUCUUUCCUGACAUUAUAAUUGCAAUCGUUAUUUGGCAUAUAAUGAUUGUGCAUUAACAUUCAAAUGGUAGAGCCCUUGUGCUACAUGAAAUUCAUAUGAACAUCAUAUCAGCUAUGAUGUAGCACUGCUCUGCUGUGGGUUUCAAUAGUAACAAUAGUAAUAUGCAUCUAACAAUUGUUCUGGAACCAUAUGCACUGAAGUAAAUUAUGCUCCUUGUUCAGUCUGUGCUGUGUUCUUGAAAUAAACCCCUCAAGUUUGAUCUAUCAUAUCUCUCUUGUCACGCCACGAUUAUCAUUAUGUUUAGUAUCAUUAGAAAGUACUGGUAUGUUUAUACCUUUGUAACAUGAUACCGUGUUUGUUAUGUCUUUGCACGCAUGAAGUGUGCAUUACAUCAGAAUAAGGGGCAGGGUCAAGAGUUGCAAAAUGCACGGGUAAGCACUGGUAUUGUUAUGCAGUACACUACACAUAAUAAUAUAUCUGUUUGAUCGGUGUAUUGAGCGCUAUAUAAAAAAAACAGAUUAUUAUUACACAGGAGCCCUACACUCUUCAAUAAAAGAAGAAUGCAUAUCCAAACGAAAGCAGGGGAUUUUGCAACUUUUAAUCUUUCACCUUGCCCCUUUCGUAAAUUUAAAGCACAUAUCAUGACUGAAUAAUCAUAACAUAUGAGUUAUCAAUUUGAAGAAGAAUCAACACACUUUCUGAUGAUUUUAUGCAUAGCGAUGAUUAUGCUAGAGCUGGAGAGAUAUAAUCAAUCAAACUGAGGGAAUAUAAUUCAUGUAAACACAUUCUGCACAUCCUUGUGAGCUCUCUAUGGUGCUUUUUCAUGACUGUUCUAGAUUAGUAGUAUAGUACACUCUAGAAUUUAAGAAUAAAAUGUUGAAUUCAUGUCUAAUACAGGGUCAUACUAUUCAUUUGUUUGAAUAUCUAUUGUAAUUUUGUAAAGGUCUUGAUUUAGAGGCAUCAAGAUGCCGUAUCUUACCACUUCCCACAGACAUUGUAAUACACCAUCAUGUACUAUGUAGAGGUGUCGUGAUCUACUGGAUACGUUGUCCGACUGUGGAUCACAUGGUUCGUGGUUCGAGUCCCUCUGCUGCACUAAUGUCCUUUGGCAAGACAUUAAUCUUCAUUUGCCACUCUCCACCCAGGUGUUAGAUGGUUACAGGUAGGAAGGAAUUCUUUGAAUGCUUUGAGCACCGAUCGGUAGCCUAGCAGAGCCUGGGUAAUAUUGGAGCGCCUUGCGUGGUCGAUCUGUGCACUAAAAUAUUGUUACUUAUUAUUAUUAUUAUUAUUAUUAUUAUUAUUGUUAUUAUUAUUAUUAUUAUUAUUAAUGUUAUUGUUGGUCAUCAUUAAUGAAGACACUGUUUUGCUAUCACAUAACUAGAUGUUGCUCCUAAAAAGACUUUGGGAGUUGGUAUGACGAACCAUGAAUUGACUUUGACUGAUUUACAAAGUAAAGAAGAUUUCCAUUUAUCAUAUAUACAUUAUUAAUAUGUUCUCUAUUUAUUGGUCUGACACGAGAUUACAUAUGAUCAUAAGUUUAAUAAAAUUGGUAUCAAAACAUGUGUAUAUCAUAGGUACUAAUACCAUGGGUUGGAAAGGCAUGCUAAAGUUGGCUACAAUGGCUCUUUCUCUUUUCAAUUUGGUUUAAUUUCAUGAAGGUUUGAAUCUUGGACAUGAUGAGUUGCCUUGUUUGAUGAUCGUAUAGGAAGGAAGUCAUUGAAUGUACAUCUUAUAUCAGCAGUAAUGAAACACACUUUUGGUUUAAAUCAUAUUUUUUUGUUAAUGUUAAGAUUUCUUCAAAGUCAGCACUUACCGCACUUCGUCUUACUGUGAAGAACUUUUCCCCUUCGAAUACAGGUGCAGUGGUCUUCUAUUUAAAUAUGUACUUUUUAUAUUCAUUUUCUUGACAAUCUUGCCUAUGAAUUGUGAGCUUACAUGUAGCUUAAUGCAUGAAAUGUUCAAACCAGAGGUAAUAAGAUAUAUUAGUCAGGUAGCUCCCUCUACGUCAGAGGUAUGUGGAUAGUAUACUAUCUUUCUUGAUCUAAAUGAGAAAACGUGGGAAUCUUAUCUCAAUUUGAUUUUACUUACGAAUACUGUGCAUUAAUGAUACCUUGUCAUGACUACAUUUCAUGUAGAGCAUAUAUGGCUAUGUGCAGUGAAAAUCAACAUGAUUAUAAUAUCCCAUUAUUUUUACCUUUUUUUUCAAUCAAUAUGAUACUGAAAGAGAGGCAAAUGAAGAAAGAAAUUACUGAAAUAUGUGGAAAUUUGUCGUAAUAUGAUUUUUGUUUUGUUUUCGAU